UCCAGUCUCUGGCUGGAGGGAGUCUUAGGGGCUGCUCCAGUUUGAGGACACCAUGUGUGCAGGGGAGCUGCAGAGUGCUGGACAGUCGGCUCUUGGAGGGAAGAAGGGGACAGGAGCUUUUAGACCCCCAGGGAUCAGGCAUGGACCUGAAUCCAGCCAGCAACCCAGACCUCAGUAAGAGUGCUGACAUGACCCCCGGGCCCAACAUGGGCCUUUCCCCAACCCUGGGCGUAACAGCCCUGAGUCUCGGCAUGGAGAGCCUGACUCCCAAUGAGGACGAGGGGUCCAGGCUGGCCCUGAGUGUGGCCCUGGAUCCGGCCAUUGUCCUGGCUCUGGCUCCAGCUCCGGUGGGGAGCGACUCCGAGAAGCCGACCUCAGAGAACAGCUCUCGCCUCAGCUCAGAGCCGGCCUCCACCACGUUCCAGACCGCCCCCUCCAGCAAGGCUGGCAGCGUGGAGUCAAGCGGUUAUGGCUCCAGUAUCAUCCCGGCCCCAACCCCGGCCCCCCGCGUGGCCCUUGUGUCAGGUUUAAAUGACCUGAGCGCUCCUGGGUCCGAUCAGCCUUCUGGCAUCCCCAUUGCCCCAACCCCCAGCCCCAACCUUCUCCUAGGCGAAGAGGCCAAAAAACCCAGUCCCAGCUCCACCAUGUCUCUUGCGCCAACCCUCUCUGCCGCCCACCUUGUGAAUAAAAGUCCCAGCACCCACAGAACCUUGGACCUAAAUUCCAAUAGCACCUUCAAGUCUGGCUCAGCCCGGGUCCAGACAGCCAAGCUGAGCCCAAGCCCGAGCCUGAACUCUGGACAAGCCUUGAGUAUGAAUUUUGACGCUAGCUCCCUGAUUGGCUCUCCUGAUGCUCACCUAAUGAGCCCCGAGUUAACCAUGAAUCCCACGAUCCCAAGGAACCUGGGCUUGGAAAAUUCCCCCAGGCCAAACUCCAACUUGGUUCUCUGGUCCUUCUCCAACACCAUCCCCAGUCCCGGCUCCCAGAGGUCCCUGGGGAUGGGGGCAGACACCACCUCCAGGUCCAGUUCCAGCGCAGCCCUGUCCCCGGCCUCAAGUCCGAGCUCCGGGAAGACCAGGAACAUGGAAAUGGGCAACUCCAACGGGACCCUGAAUUUUGCCACAGACGACAAAACCCUUUCAGACUCCAAUGUCGACAGACCCAACUCGCUCAUGGCCCUCGCGCCCAUCACCUGCAUGUCCCUGGUGGUCGACACCCGACCGGACAAGAGGGCCGACGCCGGCUGCAUCCUGACGGAUGCUUCCUGCGUGACUCUGACAAGCAGCCAAGACGACCUGGAGGACUUCAGAAUGCCCACGGGCUGUGACAGCAGGACAGCAGAAUUCAAGAGGAAGAUGGAAACCAGCCCAUCCAGGACGUUCCAAACCCUGCGGAAGGCCAGCUCGGAUGACAACUCCAUCUAUCACACCAUAUCUGACGAGAUCUAUGAUGAGAUCAGUUCGAGCCUCCCUGAGAAGGAGAAGGAGUCCAGAAAGAACCGCAGAUAUGCAGCGCAAGAAGAGAAUAAGACCGUCUCUGAGAAAAGCCAAGAGCACCUGGAGCUGGAUGAAGACAAGAAAGAGCUGAUAAGGAAGAUGAUGAAGCAGAUCCAGGAGGAACCCACGGAUACGCUCUCCAAUUCCAACCAGCAGCAGGCAAUGCUAACCCUCGCCCAACUGAGCCCCCUCCAACCAUACCUGGGAGUAAAGGGGAAGAAGGAGCUGGUGACCAUCUGUGUGAAGAGCGUGUUCUCCUUGCCCUCAGUACAGACCAUGGAGGAGCAGGACACAAACAACUCUGACUUUGUCCAGAUACUGUAUUCUCAGACACUGGAUGGCCUUCAGACAUUAUUAAACUCUCUCUUCUUAGAAGAUCCUACCCCAGCUGGCCUAACUAGCCUUUUGGAGCCCCUGGGACCCUGGAUGACAUCUGCAAAAUCCCACGAGAGAGCCAGAGCAGUGAAGGAAAGUGUCUUCCUGCUAAACUGCGCGCUCCAGACUCAGCCUUUCUUUACCAACUUCGUAGAACAAUUCUUGAGCUUCCCUCUGGAGCCUAAGGGAAAGAUGAACUUCGAGCACAGCCGAGGAAACUAUUUUACGAUGUUUGGCUUCCCCAUGUUCGGUCUCCUGCUUGGCCGGCUCAUUCUCCGCGUCUGCGACCCAGAUGAAGAGAUUGGCCGCGACGCCCUGGAUGGCAUCAUCAUUCUUUACACGAUCCUGGAGCUCCAGAAGAGGAACAUAGACAAUGAAGAGACCAACAAGCUUGAGCUGUACGAGAGCAACAAGAGGUUUCUAGGCCCCUACAACCCCGUCAGCCCUUGCCAGAACAUUCUGAGAGUGAUUGCGGAAUUUGGAGACUUUCUUGGACCCCAGCAGGUGAAAGAUCUGCUCCUGGCUGCCUUGGAAGGCCUGAGGGAUGAUCAGGAGACCCCUGCCAAAGAUACAGCCGAGAUGAUGCAGUUGGCUUCAGAAGUCACCCUGAGCUCCGUUCUGGAGUGGUAUAGACACAGGGUAUUGGAGGUGAUACCAGACAUCAUGAAUGGCAUCUAUGUGCAUUUAAGUGCCAUUCAUGAACCACGAGCCCGGGAAGUUGCCCUCUUGCCCAUCUCCCUCCUGGCCAGUUCCUUCAUGACUGAAGUGGUCGUCGCUCUGCUCAUGUGUCCUCUCCCAUUGGACAGCAAUGGGGCAGAGAUGUGGAGGCAGCUAAUUCUUCGGAAACCCAGCUGUGACAUUCGGGACCUUCUGGAACUGCUCCUGACCAGUCUGAAAGAGAAGCCCAUCACCAAGAAGGGCCGGGCCUCCAUCGUACCCCUGGCGGCAGCCAGUGGCCUGUGUGAGCUCCUCUCUGUCAACAGCUGCGUGGGCCGAGUAAGGCGCAUCUACCCGCAGUUGCUCCUCGCCCUGUUGGUCCAGGUCCAUUACCACAUCGGUCUGAAUUUGCCUGGCAACAACUGUGGCUUCAGGAAUGGCCCAAGUUCCAUCUUUAUCCCUGUCCGGUGGGUGGUGAAGGUGGUCAAGACCCUAUUGUUAAAAAUGGGUUGUUCUUACGAAGCUGCCCUCCUGGAGAGUCAAGGAGGCUGGGAGCUCAUGGGCCAGGCUGAACAUCACCACCGGGGCGUGUCUCUACUGGCCAGGGCCAUGGUGCAUUAUUCCUGCCAAGAACUCUGCCGGGUGCUCUAUCUGCUGAUUCCACUCCUGGAAAGAGGGGAUGAGAAACACAAGAUCACCGCCACUGCCUUCUUUGUGGAGCCCGGUCCCUUUCCCUGUUUGGAACUUCCAUGUAAAAUGGGUAGCCCAUGGCCCCUGGGAACUCUUCCCUCAAUGGCUCCUGGCCUAGCUGGCAAUACAAAGUGCCUUACACUGGUAGGGAGGCCCUGGGCGGCGGGCCAGGCAAGGACUUUCAUAUCUCUUUUCCAGGUGAGGAAAGAGAUUAAAUUUUCUUCCUCAUCAACAUCUUCAAGACAAAACACGGACCAAUUAUGUAGUGCCAAAAUCCAGGCCCUUCUGCCCUCCAUGAUGAAGGGCCUGCAGUGGGUGGAUGGCUUGCUGGCGGUGGAGGCAGUCAGCAAUGUCAAGACCAUUCUGAAGUGCCAGGAUAAGAAGUCAGGGGACAUUACCAUUUAUCUGGAAAUCCUGCAGGUUCUCCAGCCCCACUUCAAUGAUAACAGGGAAGAAGUGCGUUCGGCGGCCAUCACCCUUUUCGGGAAGGUGGUCCGGCUGCUGCGGAGCCCCUGCAUGCCUCUCACGGAGCAGCAGCUGGUCAACUGCCUGGUCCCUCUGAUCCUGCAGCUUCAGGAGGGGAACCCCAUCGUGGGGAAGAAAUGUAAGAAGACCUUGACCUAUUGCUGCUACCACAUGGCUUGGGGCCUGCCAAAAAUGAUGUACAGCAAAAAGCCAUGGGACAUCAGUCAGCAGACCGUGACUAAGAUUUGCAAGUACUUGGUGAACACCCACCGAGACAGUGCCCUAGUGUUCCUGACCCAGAGCUUGGAAUAUACCAAAAGCCCUCGGGCUGCCCUCCGGAGGAGUGCAGUCACUUUUAUAGGGUCCCUUGUACCCUGCAUGGAAGGCAUGCUGACUGAGGAACUGCUAAAUGAAGUAAAGACGGCCCUGGAGGCCCUGAGACACGACCCAGAAGCUUCAGUGUGCAUCUUCGCGGCCCAAGCCCAGGAUCACAUUUUAGCCAGCUGCUGGCGGAACUCCUGGCCCCUUCCUCGAGGGGACUCUUGGGUCUGUGACCCGGCCUCCAACCACCGAUGGAACUCCAGCAAAGAGAACCUCCCCGUUUCCCACCACCGCAGAUCCUGGAUCUUGGAGUCGCUGAGGGUCUGGAAGAAGACUUUAAAGUAGCAACCCGCAGCUGCCCAGCCUGCCUACUGGCCUAUAAAUGCUAGAU